UUCUGAAGGAUUCAGGCCGGAAGUCGUAUUGUUGUUGCUGCUGCUGGAUCACAGGCGAAUCAGAAAAUCAAUUAAGUUAUGAAAAAUACCAUUAAUUGCCUUUCUUUGUCGCCGCUGCUCAUGAAGAAAUGGCGGAUCGCCAGACGUUGUACAUUUGAGGAAAAACACUUCGCAUCUAAUGGCGUGUAUUCCGAUGACAAAGACCAUCUCAAUCGACACGGAUAUUUACGUUUUUUAGAAAUACUGAAGAAUAUCUUCCAAACGGAUGAGAAUGAGCUGAUGGUUGUGGAAGUCUGCAAGAAGACGUUGCUAAAAAGAGAGAGGCUGUCUGGAAGAUGCCAAGAAAAAAACAACAGAAUCCACAGCCAGUCAAGUUGGAUUCUGAAGAUGGUGUAGCCAUUGAAGCUCCAGGAAACCUCACCUUAGACACAGACUUCCUUCUAGGACAAGACCUAGACUUUGGCAAUCCUGAUCAUGACAACAAGAUUCUAGGCCUUGAAAAGUUCUCAGAAGUAGCAGCUGAGAUUGGUUUCUCUGUGUUUCCUCUGGGUGAUGAGGAGAGCCCUGCCUACAGCCAGCUCAGCAUGGAAAGUGAAAUAGACAACUCACACGGCACAACUGACAAUGGUAGGGAAGACCAGGGCAGAGCAGCCCAGUCCGAGCCCAGUUUUCCUCCCUACCUGUCCUGCAGGGGCUGCGGACAGCUCCGUGAUGAGCCUCUGGGACCUGGCAUAGACCUGGUUGGUCCAUACUGCCUUAGGUGCUGCAAAGCCUCCAGGGAAGCCAAAAGUACAGACUUUUGUUCACCUUUUGGAAGCAUCGGCGGGAUGCGCUCCGAUUCCCAUUUGCAGCUUGACGGCGAAGGGGUGGAAAACGGGAUGGGCGACAAAACCCUGACCGCCGAGGACAAAUUGGCCAAACUGCACUCGUGCCACCUCUGUGGCUUCUCCUCGCGUUACGCCAACCACGUGAAGCGUCACAUGAAGACGCACAACGGGGAGAAGCCCUUUAACUGCCCCUUGUGCACUUACGCCUCAGCCCAGCUGGUGAACCUGCAGAGACACCUGCGCAUUCACACGGGGGAAAAACCUUACAAAUGUGACAUCUGCACUUUUGCCUGCAGUUCCCUUGGCAACCUCAAGAGGCAUCAGCGGAUGCAUGUGCCCUCUGCAGUGGCGGGACAGGACACGCUGCCACGACCUGUCAGUGGCCAAAACAGCCUGAAGAGGCACGUGACUGGGCAAAGGCCCAAUGAUGAAGUGUCGGGUACUUCAGCCAAGGUUUCAGAUGUUGCGAGGCCGACUUCAAACCUGACUUCAGGAGCCCAAAACAAUGACUACCUAUCAGCCUUUGAUGGCUUAAAGGGAGCAUCACCACCACCCAUAGCAUCUUCUAACCCAGCUCCUGGCCACCAGCCUCCACCCCUGCUGGACAGCGCAGGAAGUGGCGGCAGCAGGGCGACCAGAGCGGGCGUAGCAGACGGUGCUACCCUCCCCCCUUCACUUUUCCCUUACACUUGCCGGUUGUGUGGCAUUGUCCUGGAGGACGAGGAUGGCUCCUCAGCCCAGAUUUGUGCCAAGUGUACCCUCGAAAUGCUGACUAAAGAUUCUUCAUCAUCUCCCAACAGCCCUGGUGAGCGCAGCGACAAGGUGUACACCUGCGCCGCCUGCCCUUUCCUCACCCACUACCCAAACCACUUGGCACGCCACAUGAAAACUCACAGCGGCGAGAAACCGUACAAGUGCCCACAGUGCGACUAUGCCUCAGCGCACUUCGACAACCUCAAGCGCCACCACAGGGUGCACACAGGCGAGAAACCUUACAAGUGCCAUUUGUGCGAUUACGCCUGCGGGAACCUGGCCAACCUGAAGCGCCACCAGCGGGUGCACUCGGGGGCAAAGCCCUUCCAGUGUGCCGUGUGCAGCUACAGCUGCAACCAGAGCAUGAACCUGAAGCGGCACAUGCUCCGGCACACAGGAGAGAAGCCGUACAAAUGUCAGGAGUGCGGCUACACCACUGGCCACUGGGACAAUUACAAGAGACAUCAGAAGAAACACGGCCUGGCCACAGACGGCUGGGUCAAAGUUCCAAUGACUGGCAACAACGAAGAUGAAGAGGAAGUGAGGAAAGGGAUGGGAGUUGGCGUUCCAACUCACAGAAAAGAACCGGGGGUUGAUAUGCAGUACAUGUCUAGGGAGGGAGGUCAGACAAUACACUCGUGCUACAAACUUGAGAUUGCCUAAAAUAUAACUCAGCAAAACUAAGCUACCAGCAACUUGUUUUUUUCACCGAGCCUUUAUAUUGUUUUGGUGUGUGUCGGUCUUAAGUGUUUUGUCAGAUGUCUUCAGAGGCUGCUAAUUGAUCGUUUUUAGAAUAUUGCACAAUUAUGUAACAAUUAUUCUGAAUAUUUUGAUCUUUU